AUGGCAGUCAGACAAUUCAAAGAGCACGUGAUAUUUGACUUUGACACCAUCAAAGCUCAAUCCCAACCGCCACUCACAUAUUCUCGCUCCGUCGCUUCCAAGAAUGAGAAAUCCAGCAGCGCUGAACCAAAAAGACCUGUUCACCACCACAGCCAGAAAGCCGUGACAGGCCCCAUAAAGAGCCUUUGUCUGCCACGCUUGCACAGUCUCGACGAUAUUAGGUCAGUUCUGAUUGUUCGACACGAGUCCCCGUGGGACACGUAUCAGCAAGCCAUCUCAUACGACAUCGCCGGUGAGGUAGUGAUUGCCUCUCGUCGCACCCGCCCAUCUCGUGUGGUGGCCAUCAGGAAAUACAACAGGCAGGAUGCUCGGAGCCUGAUCGAUAGAUUCGGGCGUCUGGAACACGUCAAUAUCCUUCUUUUCUAUUAA